AUGGCGCUUCCUGCAGUAAGCUCCUACUCCUGCCAGGUCCUCGCCACAGGUCUCAGCGCCCUCUACUCCUCGCUGCCCCGCAAGAUCGAAGUGCGGGCGGACGACUGGCACUGCCUGCGCCGCGAGGACUGGAUGGGUGUGCCCGCGCUUCUCCUCUUCAUGAACUCGCUGGAGUUCUGCAACGCCGUCCUCCAGGUUGCCCACCCGCUGGUGCAGAAGCAGCUGGUGAAUUACGUCCACAACGGCUUCCUGGUGCCCGUCCUGGGCCCGGCCCUGCACAAGACGGCGGUGGAGGAGCUGAUGGCCAGCACGGCGUACCUGGAGCUGUUCCUGCGCAGCGUCAGCGACCCGGCUCUGCUCCAAACCUUCCUGCGUUUCAUCCUGCUGCACCGGCACGACCACAGCCCCAUCCUGGACACGCUCGUUGCCCGCAUCGCCGCCAACUCCCGGCUCUGCAUGGUGUCUCUGAGCCUCUUCCGCACUCUGCUCAACCUGAACUGCGAGGACGUGAUGCUACAGCUGGUGCUCAGGUACCUGAUCCCCUGCAGCCACGUCAUGCUGAGCCAGAAGCGGGCGGUGAAGGACCUGGACAUCUACGGCAAGACGGCCGACAAGUUCCUGUCGCUGAUCCCGCGCUGCUGCCGGGCUGAGAGCCUGCCCGCGCCCGACUGGGAGGAGGAGCACGCCACCUGGGCCAAAGCCCACGGGAGCCCCACCGUGGACACCUCCACCGUGGUCACCGUGCCCAAGCCCUCCACGCCGUCCCGCCUCGCCUUCUUCAUGCGCCAGCAGAGCUGCAGCUCGGAGGCGGGGAGCCCGGCGCCCCGCUCGCCCGGCCUGGCCACGCCCGGCGGGAGCCCCUGUCACCGCCCGGCCAGGUGGGAGGAGGUGGCGGAGCUGGACGGGAACUACCUGGAGUACCUGCGGGACGCGCAGCUCGGCGUGGAGCAGUGCGUGCGGGCCUGCCGCGUCUGGUCAGCCCCCUACGACGGGGAGCAGCCGAGCGCCGCCAGCCUGGCCCCCUCCCAGCCCGCCGGCCCCCCUGGCCCCGCCACCCCGCGCACGAAGAAGAGGGGCCUGGCGGAGGAGGGGGUGUGGCUGGCCGGGGCCCCCAGCAGCAGUGAGCCCAGCGCUGGCCCCUCCAUGCCCGACGUCGAGGACUCAGCCCCGCUCCUGAACGGGGCCCCUGGGGCGGAGCCGAGCCGGCCCGGCAGGCCAGCCGGGGAUGUGGCGGUGAAGAAGGUGUGCCGGGGUCCCCCCUCUGCCGGCUUGGAGCGGGAGCGGAGGGGGCUCAAGGUCCAGGCGGAGAACGGCUCCCCCACCGACCCGGCCCCAGCUUGGGAGCAGCCAUCCGUGGACUCCCUGAUCGACGAGCUGCUGGCCCGGGCCCCCAGCGAGCCCAACGGCUCCAGCCUGAGCAUCGAGAGCUUCUCGCGGGAGCUGCGGGAGCUGGAGGCUGAGCUGCAGAGCGGAGCUGGGCAGCCCCCCGCCUCCCCCACCGGGCCCCUCUCCCAGGAGGAGGAGACCUACGAGCGGUUCGCCUUGCCUCCCGACCGCCCAGCUCCGGCCGCCUCUGGGGGGGCCCCGGGCCCCCUGGCCCAGCUCGUCAGCAGCCCCCUGCGCACCCCAGGACAGCCACCCAGCCAGCCCUUCACAGGUCCCUUCGUGGCCGUGCUGCUGGCCAAGCUGGAGAACAUGGUGCAGAACUCGCUGUACGUGAACGUGCUGGUGACGGGGCUGGUGGCGCGACUCGCCUGCUACCCGCAGCCCCUGCUCCGCUCCUUCCUGCUCAACACCAACAUGGUUUUCCAGCCCAGCGUCAAGUCCCUGCUGCAGGUCCUGGGCUCGGUGAAGAACAAGAUCGAGAGCUUCGCCGCCAGGCAGGAGGACUUCCCCGCCCUGCUCUUCAAAGCCCGCAAGUACCUGCUCGCUCGCGGCCAGCUGGACUGGGCCGAUGCCCCGAACGCCGUGCCUGCCCUGCGCCGCUCGGAGACGCUGGUGAAGAGCCGCAAGCCGUCCAUCGGGGAGCUGCUCCUGCGGCACGCCAACAGCCCGACGCGGGUGCGGCAGGCGGCCCAGCUGGCCCUGCAGCAGGCGCGGGAGGUGCCGGCGGGCACGGAGAAGCCGAGCGAGGCGCUGCGGGUGAGGAACGCCGUGUACAGCGCCGUGAUCUUCAGCGAGUUCCUCAAGGAGCUGGCAGCCAUUGCCCAGGUCCACGCGGUCACCUCGCCCUUCCUGCUGGAGCCCGAGGAGUGAGGGGCACCGGGCCGCACCCCCUGCCCGCCGGCCCCGUCCUCCCGCUGGCCGGGCGCUGCUGGGACUCGCCUUUUUAACCUGCCCUCGGGACACGGACCUUAAUUUAUUGGGGGUGCGGGGGGGGGGGGGGGUUGCACUGUGGAUAAAGGAGAGUGUCC